GAGAACAACUUGAAAAUUAGUUUCAUUUCUCUCUGCUUUAUAAAGCCUGUUUUUUUUUCUCAGUGUCGAUUCCAUAUUUUCUUUGUUUUGGCCAGCACUCGAUUUCCUCCCUAUGAGUUACUCAGCUCAGUUGGAAGAUAUCAAACAUGUCUAGAUUGUUGCCAUAUUCUGAUCCUCCCUCGUCAGAGCGACGGCUACGAUUCGCUACGACGGAGAAACAUGAUGACCCUCUUAUAUAUAUCGAACGGGAGUCAAGACACCUUCAGCGACAGAUACAGACUUUGUUGGAUGCACAGAGCGAUGGGCUGCUAGCUAGCUUGCAAUCGCCAGGCUCUGCAUCAUCGGUAUCUGCAGUAGAAAGCCGAGAGCGAAGCGUCCGUAUGAUACCCGUUCGACAACCGCCGAAGAAGAAGAUCAGUUUGCGCGCUGCACGAAAGGGAAUAUUGCAGUCAAUGAGCGAUCUUCUCAGUCUCCGAGAAGUAGAGAAUCGGCUUUUACAUGAACGGAUACAGGAAAGACAGGAUGCAAUUGAAGAAGUGGAUACGUUUGCUAACAAGAAGGCCGGGCUCGAGAAGACGUUGUCGGAUUUGGAGAACGAUCGCGAGGGCAACAGGGCUCGGAAAUUAAAAGGGGAAGCGAAGAGUUUAGAGCACAAAAUUGAGGAAUUGGAGUUAGAGCUCGCAGAUAUGAAGGCAAGGCAUCGACAUAUUAUACAAGAGGUUUCGCGACUAGAGAAUGCCGUGGACGCCAAGCUCUCGUCUUACAAGGAGUCUCUGUCGAUUCUCGAUACAGAAGUCCGUCAGUAUCUGGAAAGGCCUCCACUCAAGCCUUUGCAGAAUGAUAAAAAGUCAUCUUUCUAUUCCUUGCACCCGAACAGACGAAAACUUGAAAUGGCUCGCGAACAUUGGCAGACGGAACAAUCAGAAUUGGCAAAGAGACAGGAAGCUGUAGAUUUGGAAAUUGCUGCCUUAGAUAAUGGCGGACCUGUAUGGCAGAGCGUGGUCAAAGAAAUAUCAGGUUUUGAACGGAAAUUAAAGGACGAAAUGCAACAAUAUAUCAUGCUAUCGAAGUCGUCCAGGUUACCUUCUGAUAACGAGGAAGUAGCGAAGAGAGAACAGGGGAAGAAGAUUAUUGAAGACCUAGAGUCUACCAUGCGUGUCAUCGAGGAGAAGCUCGAGUUGGCCGAACAGAAAGAUUGGAGAUUGCUCGUAUGCAGCAUUGGUGCAGAACUCGCCGCUUUACGAGAAGCACAGGAUAUGCUAAAGCAAAUGUUCGAUUACAUGGGUCAACAGGACGCCGAACGUGAGAACGAUGUAGCUACAGAGCCUACCACUGCAAGGAAUAGUGUCAGCAAUUUAAGGGGGUCUGAUCAACGACGAGAAUCUCAAGGUGCAGACCUAACUACCGCUAGCACAACAGGCAACCCUCCUACGAUCAGUAUGAGUGAGGAUGAGCAUGCAGAUGAACCACCAGCAGAUCUGUUGCAGGAUGCGACGUCUGCAGAACUACAACCUGCAACAUUUCGAUCAGAGGACGAGGACGACGAACCUGACCCAGCCUGGCUGCUCUCUGACCCAUAG